GCCGACUGGUCGUUCGUUCCGGGAGGUGGUCGAAACCUCUACGCCAUCGGUAUGGAUCAAGAAGACGACGUGAGUCCGUACAUUGUGUCGUGGUCGAUGGAUACGCACAAUUGUACCACGGUGGGUAGGGUGCAGGGCUUGACGCUUCCCAACCAGAGCAACUUUGGUGCAACUUACGCUUCGGCCGCGGGCGACUUGUAUGGAACGGAGGACCUCAGUGGGAGGAUCUACAGGUUCAACAUUCGGAGCCCGAACAAUUGGACCUUGAUGGCGACUGGGCCGGCUAAUACCAACAACGAUGGCGCGAGGUGCAUUUUGAACACGGAGCCGGUGUAUUGA